AUGCAGCUCCCCGCCCCUCUUGGUCUUACAGUACUUGCUGGCCUAGCCAACGCCUUCGUCGUUCCCCGGACAGGGACGACAGACAUCCAGUUCUGCUCGGCGUCCACAUACGCCACUGGAGCAUGCCCUUAUGCCCAGCCAACGGCCGGCGCAGGGACAUGCGGAAAGUUGAAAGUAGAGCCGAACGUCUGCUACACCUUUGACGACUUCCCCGAGGCCCCGGCGGCGCUUAUCGGCGAUGUGAACUACAUCUCGAUCCCGAGAGGGGGGUCGAUCACCGGCUGUAACCUGUACAAGACUACGGAUUGCACUGUGACACCAGACCAGUCGUGGGCGGCCUGCGAGGUUGGCUCCACGGACCUCACGUGCCGCAAGCAUCUCACUGCAAAUAUUGUCAGUUGGAUCUGUGCCUAA